AGCUGGAGCGCGCCGGGCGCAGGGCGCAGCGAGCGGGAGCGCGGCUGCCGCGGGCUCCGACGGACGCACCGGUCGCGGGAGGGACGGACACACGAGCACGCCGCGCCGUCGCCGCCCCCCAACCCCCGCCCCAACUGGUGCCCACGCCUUCUCCGCGCCGCCGCCUCUGCAUGGCACAAACUUUCCUCCCGGGACGGAGUACACUGUCUCAGGGAGCACCUACCCACACCUUCUCCUGAGCUAGUCUGGAACGCUGCGGAGAUGGGUUGCGGAUUGAACAAGUUAGAGAAACGCGAUGACAAACGGCCUGGAAAUAUCUAUUCAACUUUGAAGAGGCCUCAGGUGGAAACCAAGAUAGAUGUGUCCUAUGAAUACCGCUUCCUGGAGUUCACUACCCUGAGUGCUGCCGAGCUCCCGCGGUCCUCAGCAGUGAGGCUGGCCUCCCUGCGAGACCUGCCUGCCCAGCUCCUGGAGCUGUACCAGCAGGGCUUCUUGCUGGUGGCCCUGCACCCUUUCGUGCAACCAGCCCACAAGCAGGAGAGGACGCCCCUUGAGCGCAUCUUCAGGGCCAUCCUCAUCAAGAAAACCGACAGAUCUCAGAAAACUGAUCUUCACAAUGAAGGCUACACCUUGGAAUUAGAUUGCUGUUCCUCCUUACUUCACCUGACAGACCAAAAAAUCAUCCCAGAGUUCAUUAAGAAGAUCCAGGAGGCUGCAAGUCAGGGCCUGAAAUUCGUCGGUGUCAUACCUCAGUACCACUGCCCCGUGAACUCAGCAGACAGCAGUCCCCAGGUGGAGGCUGGAGAUGCGAGAACAGAGCCAGGCGGGGGUGGGGAUAAGAAGAACCCAGGUGCUCCAGCAGGAAUGGAUGGAAGCCCAGAGCCAAACCAGCACCCAAAAGGGGAGCUAUCCAUUGCCGAGCAACCCAGCUUGCCUUUGGAAGAGGGGGGCGGUACAGAAUUUUCCAAGACUCUGGAUGGACCGGAUGGGGACCUGUCCGAAAUGCAGGAGGAAACGCUCUCGGGAAAAAUGGAGAUCUUCGCCCUUUUCAACAAACCGAAGAGCCAUCAGGAGUGCCGGCAAUACUAUCCCGUCACCAUUCCUCUGAGGGUCUCCACCAACGGCCAGACGGUGAGCAGUUUGGAUGCCAACUGGCUGGAGCACAUGAGCGACCACUUCCGGAAAGGAGGCGUGCUAGUCAACGCCGUCUUCCACCUCGCCAUGGUCAAUGAUUCCUUACACAGCUUGACAGAUGGAGUAUUCAUCUUUGAAGCUGUUUCCACAGAAGAUAGCAAAACCAUGCAGGGCUACGAUGCUAUUGUUGUCGAACAAUGGACGGUCCUGGAAGGUGUCGAAGUGCAGACGGACUACGUGCCCCUGCUGAACUCGCUAGCAGCCUAUGGCUGGCAGCUCACCUGUGUGCUCCCAACUCCCGUUGUCAAGACUAACAGGGAGGGAAACAUAUCCACCAAGCAGAUUGUCUUCCUUCAGAGACCAUGUCUACCUCAGAAAACCAAGAAGAAGGAAUCAAGGUUUCAGUGGCGAUUCUCCCGAGAAGACAUGCACAGCAGGCAGAUGAGGAAAUCCAAAGGUAAACUCAGUGCCAGAGACAAGCGACAAGCAGAAGAAAACGACAAGAAUUUAGAAGACCAGUUUUCCAAGGCUGGAGACGUGGGCAACUGUGUGCUGAGCCGGCAGCGGGACGACGGAGCCUCCGAGGAGAUGAAGGUCCCCGUCCAAGAGGUCGUGGGAGAACAGCUGUGUCCUGAUGGCCAGCUCUCUGUGGAGGGCGGGGCCGUGCAGAAUGGUCCUGGCGGCCACUGCGGGGCCCUGGCUGGGGGCUGUGAGGGGCACUCGGGUCCUGCUGAGGAUGCCAGGGAGGGAGGUGCGGAGGAAGUGGCUGCAGAGACAGCAGAAGACAACUGA